CUUCAUCUCUCCAUCGCUGCGCUGCUGCUGGCUGCGCCAUCCUGCACCCAGACUCCAGCACCCGCGGGACCCCUGACUCCAGCUGCAGGGACCCUGUCCCAGUGAGACCGCAGGCAUGUCAUCCGAAAAGUCAGGGCUGCCAGACUCGGUCCCUCACACUUCUCCACCGCCCUACAAUGCCCCUCAGCCUCCAACCGAACCCCCAGCCCCACCCCCAUCGGCAGCCCCUUCCUCUCACCAUCACCACCACCACCACUACCACCAGUCUGGCACUGCCACCCUCCCACGCUUAGGGGCAGGCGGCCUGGCCUCUUCAGCAGCCACGGCUCAGCGUGGUCCCUCGACCUCCGCCACGCUGCCGAGGCCCCCCCACCACGCCCCGCCCGGCCCUGCGGCUGGGGCUCCCCCACCGGGCUGCGCUACCUUGCCCCGCAUGCCGCCCGACCCUUACCUGCAGGAGACUCGCUUCGAGGGCCCACUUCCCCCGCCGCCACCUGCCGCCGCCGCCCCGCCCCCACCAGCACCGGCCCAGACUGCUCAGACCCCCGGCUUCGUGGUGCCCACGCACGCGGGGGCAGUGGGCACGCUGCCACUGGGGGGCUAUGUAGCGCCCGGAUACCCCCUGCAACUGCAGCCCUGCACUGCUUAUGUGCCAGUCUACCCAGUGGGCACGCCCUAUGCAGGCGGGACUCCAGCGGGGACGGGAGUGACCUCGACUCUCCCCCCACCACCACCGGGCCCAGGGCUGGCCCUACUGGAGCCAAGGCGCCCGCCGCACGACUACAUGCCGAUUGCGGUGCUGACCACCAUCUGCUGCUUCUGGCCUACCGGCAUCAUCGCCAUCUUCAAGGCAGUGCAGGUGCGCACGGCCUUGGCCCGGGGAGACAUGGUAUCGGCCGAGAUCGCUUCACGCGAGGCCCGGAACUUCUCUUUCAUCUCCCUGGCUGUGGGCAUCGCGGCCAUGGUGCUCUGUACCAUCCUCACCGUAGUCAUCAUCAUCGCAGCGCAGCACCACGAGAACUACUGGGAUCCCUAAAAACUCCCCCAUUCCGGCCCCAUCCUGCGCCCCUCGACUUCCCAGGCGCGUUCUGCAGUCAAGCUGCGGACCCAGUGGGUGCCCUGAACACCCGCCUCUGGGGCCGUCGCACGUCGAUACAUCUUAAACUCCGCCUCCAGGGAAUCUCUCGCCUUUUGAGCAAGCUCCGAAUUCAGUUCCUCAGGAACCCCUCCAAAGCCCACACCCCCAGGGACGCCGCUUUCUGGGGUCCAGACCAACAGCUGGGUCGUCUGUUGCUCCAGGUUCCCACCCCUUCAAAGUACAGCGCCACAGGCAGAGCGCCCUUGGUCUGGUCCCCAAAGACCCGUCUCCUCUAUAGGCUCCGCCCCUGCUCUGAAAAAACCCCGCCUCCAGGUCGGCAGGCUCCGCCUUCUUUCUUCUCCGCGGGGUGAUUCAGUCCAGUGAUUGGGUUUGUGGCUUCAGCCCUAGCCCACCGACAGACAGAUUCUUCUCUCUCUUCGGGCAAAAGGACCGAGCCUCGGGGUAGCCACGCCUCCACACGCGCUCCCUUUUUUGCAAGUAUGGGUUUUGUCCCUCCUCCACCCAGGUCUCUGCCUAUUUUCUUGCUGAUCCCAGAGCCUGUCCUUUCGUUGUUUUUGGAAUGACAGCUGGGGAGUUCCUGACUUAGGACCCUUCUUCCUGGGAUAAAAAACAUGUCCUGUUCUCUGUAAAUACUCCCUUCCACCCAUACCAACCCUUGGGCAGCCGGCUGAAGGGAAUACAGGAUAUGCACCUUCCAAUCAGGGAAGAGAGCCAGCCGGCUCAAGCGUCCCCCUGGCAGCCCCGCCUUGUUCUGAUCUGUGUGUGAGUGUGUGUGAACUUCUGAAAGACGCUAUUAAAAAAAUUUAGUGGAUUU